GAGAGAGAGAGAGAGAGAGAGAGAGAGAAGAAGAAGAAGAAGAAGAAGAAGAAAUUCCGAGGGAAGCUUGUUGAUCCCACAGACGCUUUUGUUUGACAUCUUCUUGCAGUGUAAUUAUCCUUUCACCAAGGAGGAAAAUAGAAACAUGGAGUUCGGUGAUAACACUAAAAAGAAUGAUGAGAUAUGGGAGUGGGCAGAAGAGGAAUGCUUCCUGGGAGGAAACCCUGAAAAUUGAUGUCUCUCAGUAUCUGUGGAAUGAUGCGAACCAAAUUGAGGAUAGUUUUCUGUGUAUGCUUGGGGAGCGUACCCCCACGAAGGAUUUGACUUGUUUUGAUCAUGAUAUGGUGAAUGGAGAAGGGAGGUUAGAUAACUCAUGCAGAAAUUAUCAAGUAUCUCGUGAUUCUUCGCAACAUAAAAGGCGGAGGCUGCAGUUUUCUCAAGAUUUUUAUGGGUAUCACUCUGCAAAUGAGCAGAACAAUGGUCCCUUCUUUAAGUAUCAGGUGAGGGAGGGUUCAAUGGUUGAAGAUGGGUUACCAGAUCAAAAGCAAUUGUGUACUUCUGGAUUUUCUCCUGAUGAUAUUUGUUCCCUACAACGACGAAGGAUUUAAUAAAUCGACAGAGGUAUUACUACAAAAUUGCCUGAACGAAAGUGAGAUGCCUAACAUCCAAAAUGAGAUGAAUUACCACAUGGUAUCUUAUAAACAAAAUAAUAUUUCAGAAUUGUGCAACAUACCUCCAGAUACAGGAAAUGAGGUGGUGCAUAAGACACACACUCUGAAUCCUUGCAGAAUUUUCAAAGGUAGGAAAUCUUACAUUGAAACUCCAACAAAGUCAACUACUUCUGUUGCCUAUCCUUUUGCCCUUAUUAAGCCCUGUGGAGUUCAAGGACAUGUCACCUUGAAGGAUAUAAAUCAGUUGAUUCAUGCUUCUCCGCCAUCAAAAUCAAUGAACAAGAUAGAUGAAGACUCUUCCAUGUCUUAUCCCACUUCAGCAUUUUCUGGAAAGCCAGUAGUUGUUCAAACAAAACUCCGCACUGAGGGAGGAAAAGGCAGCAUUACAAUAAUGAGAACCAAAGGCUGAGUUGAUAAAUUAUUUCGGAAUAUCUAUUUUGAUUCUGCCAUUUUCUAAUGCAUUUCAUUUUGUGGUUGGUUUUUUGUGAUGAAAAAGCCAUUGCCAACCAAUGUUAAUCUCUUUUAAAUGAUUCUGCUUGCAGCUGAUUGAUAUUUUCUUUC